AGAACAUAUUUCUGGGCAUAGCAAGUUCUGCUAGAGCUGUCACAGGGAAAAGCUAAUGGCAAAGGGGAAAAGGGAACUAUUUUUGAAAGGUAUUAAUAUAUCAUAAGCAAAAAGAAAAUGAAAAUAGUUCUAGUAUUAGCCUUCAUAAUUUCUCUAGUUAUUUCAGCAAGAAUAGAUGGAAACCACUCUUUCUUUGAACCAAGUCCUCCUCAGCCAAAGUCAAGGUUUGCUAUGUUAGAUGAUGUGCAACUACUAGCCACUGGACUGCUCCAACUCGGGCGUGGCCUUAAAGACUUUGCUAUCAAGACCAAGGGCCAAAUGGAUGACAUCUUCCAGAAGCUUAACGUCUUUGACCAAUCGUUUUAUGAGAUUUCACAACAAACAAAUGAAAUCAAGGAAGAAGAGGAACAACUAAGAGAAACGACAUCUCAAUUGCAAGCCAAUAACGAAGAGAUAAGGAAUGUCUCUCAAGAGCUCAAUUCCAAAAUAGAGGUUCUUUCACAAGAGAAGAUUCUUCUUCAAGAUAAAGUAGGGAAGCUAGAAGAAAAAUUAACUACAUUGUUUCAGACUCAGCUUGAAAUUCAAGAGCCUGAAGAAGUUACUUCACUUAAAAACUUCAUUGAGCAGCAGGACAACCACUUCAAACACCUUCUCAAAAUUGUUCAAGUCCAGCAUGCCCAACUUGCCAAACAGCAAGAGCAAAUUCAGGAUAUGGAAGAUAAGCUAAGCAGACCCAGUUUUCAAGAUGACACACAGUUCUUAUUCCCCCUGAAGGAAAAUGAAACAAGGAAUACGAAACUUAAUACAACAGCUAAAGUUCAGGAAUAUAAAGGCAAUGCAACUGAUUGUACUUCGAUUUACAACAUGAGUAAAAUACCUAAUGGCAUUUAUUCUAUUAAGCCCAGUGGAUCCAAGGCAUUUAACGUCUACUGUGAAAUGAAAACAGAAAGCUCAUGGACAGUUAUUCAAAACCGAUCUGACGGAUCACUGGAUUUCAAUCAAACCUGGGAGAACUAUACAAAUGGGUUUGGCAACCUUGAUGGAGAGUUCUGGCUGGGCCUGCAUAAGAUCUAUUCCAUUGUAAACCAAGCUGACUACAUCCUGCGUAUUGAGUUGGAAGACUGGAGAGCAAACAAGCGUUAUAUUGAGUAUCUAUUCACAAUGGGAGGCCCAGAAACAGACUACGCAGUCCUGCUCUCAAAGAUUACUGGCAAUAUUCCCAGUGCCCUGCCUGAACAGAAGGCAGUGAAGUUCUCUACAAAAGACCAUGUUAACAACAGAGAAAGAAAAAUCAGCUGUCAAGAGAAUGAUUCAGGUGGCUGGUGGUACAGCGCAUGCGAAGAAACAAACUUGAAUGGAAAAUACCUCAAGCCAAAUUCAAAAGGAAAACUUGAAAGGAAGAAGAGAGGACUGUACUGGAAGCCUCAGAAAGGAAGACCCUACCUUCUCAAAUCAACCAAACUGAUGAUACAUCCUAUAGAUUUUGAAAGAUUUGACUGAGCUUCUCCAUUCAGAGUUUACCUAAUAAAGCACUAACUAUUUCUUUA